AUGGCCAACAACAGUCAGGACCUCCACGCCACAAAACACAUCACCACAGAAGAACCAGAUACUGCGUCUGAUGCCAAAAGAAUCAAAGAUUUCCAUGAUGAAGUCGCAGUAUCAAUCGUGAAGCCUUCAGCUAUAACACGAGUGAUUCCCUUCCCGGAUAAACCUGCAGUUAUAGAGGAGCAAAACGGCGAGAUUGAAUACAGAGUCGUUAACAAUGAUGGAUCUACAGAGAGUAUGAUUGUCCUAACGGGCCUCAAAUGUCUGUUCCAGAAACAGCUUCCGAAAAUGCCGAAAGAUUACAUCGCGCGUCUUGUCUAUGACCGCACACACUUGUCCAUCGCCAUUGUCAAACAGCCGCUGGAAGUUAUUGGUGGGAUAUCGUUUCGGGAAGUCCGGCAUCGCGGGUUUGCUGAGAUUGUGUUUUGCGCAGUCGCGGCUGAUCAGCAGGUGAAGGGAUACGGUGCGCAUCUCAUGGCUCACUUGAAGGAUUAUGUCAAAGCCACAUCGCCAGUGAUGUACUUCCUGACUUAUGCUGACAAUUAUGCCAUCGGGUAUUUCCAAAAACAAGGGUUUACCAAGGAGAUCACUCUCGACGGUUCUAUUUGGAUGGGCUACAUCAAGGACUACGAAGGAGGAACACUCAUGCAAUGCUCCAUGAUCCCUCGAGUACGCUAUCUUGAAGUUGGCCGCAUGCUUCUAAAGCAGAAGGAAACUAUUCUAGCUAAAAUGCGUCCGCUAAGCAAGAGUCACAUUAUUCACCCACCACCUCAGCAAUGGGCAAGCGGCGUCAUUACUCCAAUUGAUCCGCUAUCUAUUCCUGCUAUCCAGGCAGCUGGGUGGUCUCCUGAUAUGGAUGAGUUAGCACGGCAGCCACGCCAUGGCCCUCAUUUCAACGAGCUUCGACGUUUUCUCAACAAGAUCCAAAACCAUAAACAAGCAUGGCCCUUCCUUCUUCCCGUUGAUAAAGAUGAGGUUCCGGAUUAUUAUACUGUCAUCAAAUCUCCCAUGGACCUGUCAACCAUGGAAGAAAGACUAGAGAGCGAUUCUUACACCUCCCCGAAAGACAUGAUUAACGAUCUGAAGCUGGUUAUCAGCAAUUGUCUAAAGUACAAUGACCCAACAACGGUAUAUGCCAAGUGUGCCAUCAAGUUGGAGAAGUACAUGUGGACACUGAUCAAGGGGAUUCCGGAGUGGGUUGAAUUACUCGAAAAUUAA